CUCUUAAUAGACCUUGAUUUUAAAUACUUUAACAGAAACGCUGUUGCAAUGCUACAGUCCUAACAUUGCCACUAGCAUGACUAUAUUAUACUCCUGGACUGUACUAUCGGUCUUGUUUGCUCCCUCGUUGUCGGUCUUUAUGCUAGAAGAUCAAUUUACAUUUAUAAUAUCGGGAAAAAAGGCAAAAAACUGUACACUAUCCACUUUUGUUGCUAAAACUAGGUUAUUCUGCAUGAAAUAUUGUCUUACCAAUAAAGAUUGUCAUGGAAUGAAUUUCCAAAGGAACACUGGCAAAUGCGAAUUGUUAUCGAAGGAUUUGGAUUUGGAUUUAUUGGAUGACCAAGAAGAUUUCGAUCUAUAUCAUCGAAAGAUUGGUUGCAAAGAUUUACCUUGCAAACACGGUACUUGCGUUAACGGUCAUGUAACACUGAAUAAUUUCAGAGCAUACAUCUGCAAGUGUCGCUGUGGAUGGUGUGGACAUGAAUGCGAUAUUCUAAACUUUAAUGUCGUAGAGAACGUCUGCAUAGAAAACUACAAUGCCGGAUAUAAAAAAGUAAACAAUGUUAGAGAAUGUAUGAUAUUUUGUACCGACGUAUCAAAUUGUUUAUCCGCCGAUUACUUCGUGGAAUCAAAUGAAUGUUGGUUGAAUUCAGUAAACGACGAAUUGAUACCCUAUACUGAAAAAUGUAAUGAAAUAUACAAUAUGAAUGUAAUGUAUUUGUCACCCAAUUGUUCCUGUUCGGAUCCAAAGUAAUUAGCUAA